AGUCGGCGGCAGCACGCGACUCCGCGAGACGUUGAGUCCGAGUUCCGACACACUCUUUGAUUUCCACUCGCCUGCAGUUUCCCCAAUAUAAUAAUUAAUAAAAUCGAAUAAAAAAGCGUCGUCUGCUUCGCAAAUGACAUCGCAUCUUCACGUUUAAUCAUUUCAUUUAGAUGUUUUACGGUGAUCUUCAAAAAUAUCAUAUGUAGAGUAAUAUUUAUCUAACAUCACAUGUGCUAUUCACGUUUCUUUGUUAUAUGUACACUUAGAUAAUGCUUCAUUAUAACAAAUUUUUCAUUUAUACGUCACAGUUCAUUCGGCAGUAAUCGUCAUCAAUCUAAACGUGGCUAGAGUAUUUACAUUUAUGUAAUUUAAAGUGUACAAUGCUCUAUACAUCGUGAAUCAUACUCAUAAGAAAAUCGGACAAUUCUUAUUUGUUAUAUUUUAAUUAAAUUUAUUGUAAUAAUUAUUUAAGAAGUGCUUGUGUGUUCUGAAAACUUGAAAAUGACAGAAAUUGACUGGCCUUGGCAGUAUAGUUUUCCUCCAUUUUUCACAUUACAACCUCAUGCUGAAACUAAAGUAAAACAAAUUGAAGCAUGGAAACAUUUAGUAAUAAAUUACUUUCAUAAUACCAAUCAAUUUAUUUUGGAUGUUCGAGAAGUACACAAUGGCCCGCUAUUUUAUAAUUCAGCGAUUGAUAGAAAAUUAUCUCCAGAAAUUGUAUUAAUAAUAUUGGAAGAAUUAGCCAAAUCUGGUCAUGCUAUACCAUUAGACAAAAUUAAACAACGCUGGAUUGUAUCCUGGCAUACAUUGGAAGAAUGGAGUGAUAUAAUAUAUUCAUGGGCACAGUCAAAUGGAUUUAUUGGUUCUGUCUGCACAUUUUAUGAAUUAAGAGAAGGAGAUAAUACUACUGAUCAAGAAUUCCAUGGCAUUGAUAAUGAUUUGCUAGUUAGAGCUUUAAAGAUACUUGAAAAUUCAAACCGAGCAGAGCUGAUAAUUUUUGAUGAUAAUGAAGGUGUAAAAUUUUUUUAA